AUGGGACAACGAUUUGAAACUGGGUUGAUGCACAUUCCAGAAGAUAAGCCUCUACCUGGACAGAGGGAACCAUGCCCUCAUGUUUUGAUUGGAGAUGAAGGAUUUGCCCUUAAACCCUACCUAAUGAGACCGUUGCCAUAUAGACAGUCGAAAGCAGACGCUAGAAAAGAAAAAUACAAUACUGGGCUGUACAGGGCGCGGAGUGGAGUGGAAAAUGCUUUUGGGAUUCUAAGUCAAAAGUGA